AUGAGAGUAGCGACAAAGAGGGACGACUCUCAGAGCUGGGAAGCGUACAGAGAGGUCAGGAACAAAUACACCAGACUGAGAGAGAAAGCUAGACAAGAGGGUUGGAGAAGGUUCACGGGAGACAUAAACAGCUACUCGGAGGGGGCGCGAGUGGUAAAACUGCUGGCGGGAGACCGAAGCGAGUCAACUGGGCAGCCUGUGAAUGGAGACCUAGUCACAGAACCGGAAGAGAUAUUAAGCGUCAUGUGGAAAUCUCAUUUUCCUGACUGUAAGGAGGCGACAGAAGAGAAAGUGAUAGAUAGGCAUAUAAGAGAGAAAGUGGAAAGCAGUGGGGACCCGCUGCACGGGAACCAGCAUGCUUACAUGGCAGGAAAGUCAACGGAGACCGCUCUACACAACCUAACGGUAAGGGUGGAGAGGGCACUAGAAACGAAACAAUAUGCAUUAGGCUGCUUCUUCGACGUAGAGGGGGCCUUUGACAAGGCAACUUUCGAGACCGUGGAGGAAAGCCUAAAGAGAGAGGGCAUCCGACCGACUAUAGCACAAUGGAUUGAGAGAAUGCUCAAAGGAAGAUCCAUAACGGCGGAGCUAGGAGGAGUAGUAAAGACGAUUAGUCCAAGGAGAGGGUUCCCACAAGGGGGAUGUCUGUCCCCCCUAAUGUGGUGUCUUCUGCUAGACUCAAUGGUGAAAGAGCUGAACAGUGGAGGCGUGUACAUGCAGGCGUACUCUGAUGAUGGAGUGCUGCUAGUGAGAGGGACGGUUAUCAGCGUCAUGAGAGAUAUAAUGAUAAGAGGUCUCAGACAGGUACUGGGAUGGUGCAGAGAGAGAGGACUGGAUCUCAAUCCGUCGAAAACAAAGCUAGUGCUAUUCACUAAUAAAAGGAUAAAGGAGAUAAGACCCAUAAAGAUACAAGGCACGGAAUUAGAAUUGGUGGAUGAGCUGAGAUAUCUGGGCGUUACUCUUAAUAGUAAACUCAGGUAUAAGACUCACAUCAAGGAACAAACGGCAAAAGCUAUAAGAACACUGUUUCAAUGCAAAAGGGCAGUGGGAAAGAACUGGGGAUUGAAGCCGGGAAUGAUGCACUGGAUCUACAAGGCGAGACUAGCGUGCCUCAUGAUGACGGGGGCGAUGAGAAUGACCCCGACACACGCGAUGCAGGUAAUGCUAGGUUUGAAGCCUCUAAGGACUGAAGUGGAGAAAAGAGCCAUGGAACAGUGGUAUAGAAUGAAAGCGUGCAAGGAAUGGAGAGGAAGCUGCGUGGACAAGAGACACGCACUGAAACAAAGAGAGGCGUUAUCAAAAUUCGAGAUGCUGAUGGCUAAGAAUGACCUCAUAAAGAGGCAGGAGAUAUUUGACAAAAAAUAUAGAGUACAUAUAGGAGAGAGGGACAACUGGAAGGUGGAAGUCAGGCACCCAACGACUAUCUGCUUUACGGAUGGGUCAAGAAGAAGCUCGACGAAACUAGCAGGGGCGGGCAUAGUUAUCCCUAAACUGGGAGAGAAAGUAUCGGUAUCACUGGGUAGGUUUGCCAGCGUGUUCCAAGCAGAGGUAUGUGCUAUAGCGCGCUGUGCGCGUAUAGUGAAUGAGAGUAUGCAGCAAGAGGGCGCUGUUGUAAUAUAUACAGACAGCCAGGCAGCACUGAAAGCACUAAAGAAACCGGUCACCUCCUCUCUAGUGAGAAAAUGUCGAGAGGAGCUGAAUUCGUUAGGCAAGCAUAGAAAUGUCACGGUGGCAUGGAUAUCAGGACACCAGGGGGUGACAGGAAAUGAGAAAGCGGACGAGCUAGCGAGAAUAGGGGCGGAGACGGAAUAUAUAGGUCCGGAACCGGCUCUGCCUAUGUCAGCGGAUGUCACAAAGGGAGUCAUCGAGAAGGUAAAAGAGAUGGAAGCACAGAGAGAAUGGUCAGAAGAAACUGGAUGCAGACAGUCGAAGAUGAUGAUUAAAGGGAUAGACCACAGGAGAACCAGGUAUCUCUUGAAACUAGUCGAAUCAUUCCUGGAAGAUAAUACGUUAGAUAACUAUGACACUGAAUUAGUGUAG